UCAGCCCUGCAGAGCCGAGGCUUCAUCUCUUUCACUCAGGGCUCAUUUUUACUGGGCUCAUCGCGGACACCGUGUAGGAAAUAAGGCGGGGGCGGGGCGGGUGACGCUGCUCUGGAGGGCUUUAAUCUUUUGGAGGGUUUUCAGGCUGAGGCUGUUCACACGCGGCUCUUCUGCUGAAGUGUUAGGAGUUUUCAGGCUGAUCCUGUGGAGGUUUUUAAAGCUGGUGUUCUGAAGCUUUUGCACUUUUUACUGGCUGAUUAUUUGGAUUUUUUGCACUGAUCUUUUUGUAGCUUUGGGACUUUUGCAGGCUGGUGUUUUUGGGUGUUUUGUAUGAUUUUUUUUACUAGAUGAUUUAGGCUGAUCUUUUUGAGUUUUUGCACGUUUUCAGGCUGAUCUUCUGGAAUAUUGGGACUUUUUACUGGCUUCAUAGGAGUUUCUGCAACUUUUACUGGCUGAUAUUGUGGAGUUUUUGCACCAUUUACUUGCUGGUUCUUUGGAGGUUUUGCACUUUUUGUAGACUGAUCUUUUUGAUCUUUUUGGAGUUUUUGCCCUUUUGCAGACUGGAGUUUUUUGAAGUGUUUUGACGAAGUUUUAACCUGAUUAUUUGGAGUAUUCUGGACAUUUUUACAGGCUGGAGCUGUUGCUCUUUUUGAAGGCCAAGGCUGGUGUUUUGAAGUUUUGCCCCUUUGUGUAGGCUGCUGUUGCCUCUUGGUUACUCUUGCAUGAACAGAGGAGUUGAGUCAGAGGAAGCUGUGGCCUUGGUGGAAAGGAGGAAGGGCUAACAGUCUCACUCAUCACCCAACUGCACUUCAUUAUCUGCAGCCAUGGACGACCCCGAUGCUCCGUAUUUGGCCUUUAAUGACCUGAACAGUAACGGCGGCUCGAUGUGGUCAGACAUUCUGGCCCGGCAGGAGCAGAGGGAGGUGGAGAGCUUCAGGAGGAAGCUCAAAUACUUCUUCAUGAACCCCUGUGAGAAGUAUCGGGCGCGAGGCAGGAAGCCGUGGAAACUGAUGCUGCAGAUCAUCAAGAUCGCCGUCAUCACCAUCCAGCUGGUGUCGUUUGGUCUCAGUAACCAGAUGGUAGUGACGUUUAAAGAGGAGAACCUGAUGGCAUUUAAGCACCUGUUCCUGAAGGACUACACUGCCCACAGCUCUAAUGGCUACGCUGUGUAUACCCAAGCUGAGGUCUACGCUCACCUCUCCUACAUCAAGGAUCGGUUUCUGAGGCUGCGGAACAUAACAGUAGGGAACCACGCGUAUGAGAAGGAUGGACGUUACUUCACUCCUCUGCUGAUGUGCCAGCAGUUCUACCACAACGGCAGCAUCUUGCCCGGCAAUGAAACCUUCGAGAUUGACGCUCAGGUGGAGGAAGAAUGCCUUGAGAUUUACCCUGUUCAGCUUCCAUCUGCCACAGAAGGUGCAGACCUGUCCAACUUCACUCUGCAGUUCAAACGGUUGCUGGAGGUGAAUGUUUACUUCACUCUAAAAGCCAUUAACCUGCAGACGGUUCAGCACCACGAGCUUCCUGACUGUUAUGACUUCAGCAUCACAAUCAGGUUCAACAACAGAGCCCACAGUGGGCAGAUCAAAGUGGAUCUGGACAAUGACGUGGACAUUAACGAGUGCAGAGACUGGAAAGUCACGGGAGCCUCCCCAAAGAACAUCUACUACACUGUGCUGUUUGACGUUGUGAUCAUUCUGACCUGCCUGGCGUCUCUGGUGCUCUGCACGCGCUCAGUGAGCACAGGAGUUCAGCUGCAGUUUGAGUACAGAGCCUUCUUCCAGAGGCACUUCGGUAAACUUGUGUCCUGGUCUGACCGGAUGGAGUUCAUUAACGGCUGGUAUAUCCUCAUCAUCAUCAGUGACAUCCUCACCAUCACCGGAUCUGUGCUCAAAAUCGCCAUUCAGCUCAAGGCUCUGACCAGUUAUGACAUCUGCAGUAUCCUCCUGGGCACCGGCACCAUGCUCGUGUGGAUCGGGGUGCUGCGCUACAUGGGCUACUUCAAGAAAUACAACAUUCUGAUCAUCACUCUGAGGGCAGCCUUCCCCAACGUGAUCCGCUUCUGCUGCUGCGCUGCCAUGAUCUACCUGGGCUACUGCUUCUGCGGCUGGAUCGUACUGGGGCCUUACCACGAGAAGUUCCGUUCUCUGAACACGGUCACCGAGUGCCUCUUCUCCCUGAUCAACGGCGAUGACAUGUUCGCCACCUUUAAGAACAUGCAGCAGAAGAGCUACCUGGUGUGGCUGUUCAGCCGCGUCUACCUCUACACCUUCGUCUCGCUCUUCAUCUACAUGGUGCUCAGCCUCUUCAUCACCUUAAUCACCGACACCUACGAGACCAUCAAGCAGCAGCAGUCAGAUGGGGAGCCUGUCUCUGAGCUGCAGGCCUUCAUUUCAGAGUGUAAAGACCAUCCUAGCUCCGGCUGCUACCGUGUGGAAGGCAGAUCCUCUACCUGCCUGUUUUGCUGCGUUCGAAGGCCUAACGACUUGCAAGAGAGACUGGAGUGUUAAAGUGGGAUUGCAUCAUUCUUGCAUUAAUGGAUUUUUCCAGUGGUUCCUAACCGUAGUCCUGGAGAACUCCUGCUCUGCACAUUUUCGGAGGUUUCUCUGUUUUAACAUGGAUUAUUCCCAGUGGUGAAAAUAAUGAACUUCUUAACAAGCCCCCUUCUUGAAGUGGGUGUGUUGGAGAAGAGAACAUGUUGCAAUGCACAGGACAGGGAUACUCUAGGACCAGGAUAGGCAACGACUGAAUUCUUCCAAUUUAUACUGUUUACAUGUGCAAGAUAUAAGGCAGAAGGGACAUGGGAAUAUUCCAAGCCUUCAGAAGUGUUGAUUUAUUGUUUUCACACAGGCUUUUUUGUUAUGCCUGUUAUGUCUUCAAUUUUGAAGGUGGCACCUGACACUUUUGCAAAUGUUAAUAUAUUAGGUAUGAACUAAAUAUAAAUAAAUAUUUGUUGCUUCACUAAC